AUGACGAUCACCGAUGACAUGCUGUGCGCGCAGGGCUCAAACGCUGGGGAGGUAACCGAUAUCUGUCAGGGAGACAGCGGAGGGCCGAUUGUCUGCGAAUCAGGCGGCAGCUACUUCCUUCACGGCGUCGUGUCGUGGGGAGCUGCUUCUUGUGGCGUGGAAAAUUUCCCUGGAGUUUGGAGUCGGAUCACUUAUGGACGCGAGUGGAUGGACGGGGUGAUGGGGGACUGGACGGUGCCCCCGACGCCAUCGCCCGCACCGACGGCUGCGCCGACAGCUGCGCCGACCGUUUCCCCAACAGCAGCACCGACUGCUGUGCCGACGGCAGCGCCGACGAUGGCGCCAACCGCAUCCCCUACAGAUGCACCGACAGCCGCGCCGAGUGCAGCACCUACAGCUGCACCGACCGCUUCCCCAACGGCUGCACCGACAGCUGCGCCGAGCGCAGCACCGACAGCUGCACCGACCGCUUCCCCAACGGCCGCUCCGACAGCUGUGCCGAGUGCAGCACCAACGGAGGCACCGACCGCUUCCCCAACGGCUGCACCAACAGCUGCGCCGACUCUUGCGCCGACUUCUUCGCCGACCGCUGCGCCGACGCCCAGUUCUGUGCACAUGUGGGCGGCCAUUUCGGGCCCGUGCACGUUGGACGGCGCCUGUGUGCAGAAGCCCGAACUAUCCUCAGUACUACAGCAACAGCCAGGCUUGCACGAUCGAGAUCAACGCGGCGAACGCAGCACCGAUAGUUGUGGAGUACUUCAAUGUGGAGUCGUACUUCGACUACCUCCUCAUCGACGGCUGGAAGACCUUUAG